AUGGCAACAGCCGGAGGACUGUUCGGCCAUGUUGGCGAGUUCAAUUCCGAACGAGAGACAUUUAAAUCCUAUGUGGAAAGAAUGGAAAUGUUUUUUACGGCAAACAACAUUGUAGAGACACCAGGUGAAGAAAAUGAAGGGGCUAAUCAACUUGUCAAGGACUGGAAACGUGCCAUUUUUCUAACUGAGAUUGGAGCGGAUGUAUAUUCCACAUUAAGUAAUCUGUUGGUGCCAGCGAAGCCAAAAGACACGUCUUUGGCUAACAUAGUUCAAGCACUAUAGAAGCAUUUUAACCCAGCACCGUUGGAGAUCGCUGAAAGUUUUCAUUUUGGGACACGUAGUCAAAAACCCGGUGAGUCAAUUGGUGAAUAUGUAGUGGCAUUAAAAAAACUUUCCAUUCAUUGUAAUUUUGGGGAAUUUUUAAAUCGAGCAUUACGAAAUCGCUUUGUAUGUGGGCUAAACAACGUCAAGAUACAGAACAAACUGUUGACCACCGAAAAUAUCACAUUCGACAAAGCCUGUCAGAUUGCGAAGUCUAUGGAGAUGGCUGAAAGGAACACGCAAGAGUUUCAUCCAACUACUAGUGCCAGUGCUUCCAGUGAAGGGACGGUAAACCAAAUAGAAAGCAAGAGAAAUGACGAGCAAGUGUGCUACAGGUGUGGCGGAAAUCAUACUGCAAAAACUUGUAGAUUUAAAACAGCAAAAUGCUUUAAAUGUACAAAAAUAGGUCAUAUAUAGCGUCAGUGUGUCGUAGUAAACCCAGUAAAGAGGUUAAGCCUGGUUCAACAUCCAAACACGGACAAGUAGAUAGAGGUAACAUUCAAAAUUUAUCAUUGUACGAUAGUAAUAAUGAUAAUGUCAAUAGUGAUGAAUUAGGUAUUUAUUCUUUAUAUUCAGUAGAGUCAGAGAACUAUUCUCAUAAGAGAUACAGUGUAGAACUAUCUCUUAAUGGGGUAGUGUGUGACAUGGAGAUUGACACCGCUGCUGAUUUCUCGAUAAUGAGUAAAAGCAUGUAUGAUCAGAAGUUUAGUCAUUUUCCACUUUGUCCGUCAGCUGUAAAAUUGAAGACCUACACCGGCGAGAUACUACAGGAAUGAAAGGGUUUGAAGCACAUAUCACUAUGAAAGACGGGGCAAGGCCAGUGUUUGUUAAGCCACGUAAAGUUCCUUCUGCACUGAAAGAGGCUGUAGAAGCAGAGUUAGAAAAACUUGAGAGAAAUGGUGUGAUAAAAACAAACUGA